UGCGCCGCAGGGCUGAGCGCAGGCUCGGCUGACUCCCACCCCUCAGCGCGCAGGGGCACGCGGGACAGGAUAGGGCGGGCGCGGGGUGGGCAUGGCGGCGUGCGGCUCGCUGCGGCGGAGCGUGGCGUCCCCCGCGGGCCGGCACACGGCCUCCGUGAUCUUCCUGCACGGCUCAGGUGAUACUGGCCAAGGAGUAAGAGCAUGGAUGAAGCAAGUUUUAAGUCAGGAUCUGGCUUUCCAACAUAUAAAAGUCAUUUAUCCCACAGCUCCUGCCAGACCAUAUACACCUAUGAAAGGGGCCCUCUCCACUGUGUGGUUUGACAGAUAUAAGAUCUCAAAUGAUUGUCCAGAGCACAUUGAAACCAUUGACUCAAUGUGCAAAUUGCUUACUGAGUUGAUUAAUGAGGAGAUUAAAAACGGCAUCCAAAAGGAUAGGAUACUCUUAGGUGGUUUUUCAAUGGGGGGUUGCAUGGCAAUGCAUCUAGCCUAUAGGUACCAUCAAGAUGUGGCUGGAGUCUUUGCUCUUUCCAGUUUUCUCAAUAAGACAUCUCUUGUUUACCAGGCUUUAUGCAAAAAUGAAAGUAUUCUUCCUGAGUUAUUUCAGUGCCAUGGAACUGUUGAUGAAUUAGUGCUCUACUCGUGGGGUGAAGAGACCAACAAAACAUUAAAAUCAUUGGGAGUAACAGCCUCAUUUCUCAGUUUUCCAAAUCUUUAUCAUGAAUUAAAGAAAGAUGAGCUGGAAGAACUGAGAACUUGGAUCUUAAAAAAAUUGCCUGAGGAGAUAAUGAAAACAAAUAAAUGAAGAUACACUUUGCAUCAUCUUUUUUUUCUUUUUUCUUUUUAAGGCUACAUUCAGUCGGACCAACUCAUAUUUCCUAGUUAUAAAUACAGCUGUAUAUGAACCCUGGUAUAUUCCCAGGGUCCAUACAUCCUGAGCAGCUUGAUGUUAAAUUAUUAAUCUUGUAUAUAUUAUCAAUACUAAAAAUAUGGAAGACAAUAUUAUGUGGAAAAUGUUAACUGUAUUGAAAUAAUUUUUGAAAUAUCCCAUCUUCAUCAUGUUAAUAUGUAUCCCUUAAAUAUACUUGAUCCUUUUUGGUUCUGUGUUCUUAUAUUUUAGGAAAGGAGACCAACAGCCUGAGUUGGUGGAUAGAAGUUGCUUAGUGUAGCUAGAUGCUUUCAAGUAUGCACGAUCGGUUGGGAUAUACCCUAGGACAGCAGUUCCCAAACUCUGACAGAUUGCGCACCACCAAUUCAAAACAAUACAACCUUAAGUGCUACCAGAAAACUUUUCAGUUCAACCUUAAGUACCACCAGCAAAUAUUUGUCAUAUAAAGUAAUUAUAAUAAAGCUGUUAAUGCGCACCACUGACAGUUGUCUGUGUACCACUAGUGGUACGCUUACCAGAGAUUAGGAACCGCUGCCCUAGGGUAGUGAAGGAAUUAGCUGAACUAAUUUCAGUGCCAUUGGCUAUAUUUUCUUAGAACUGGAAAUCUGCUGAGGUUGUGGAUGAUUGGAAAAGGGCCAAAUAUAGUACCUAUCUUUAAGAAAGGGAAGAAGGAGGAUCUGAGGAAUUGCAGACCUGCAAGUCUGACCUUGACAUCUGGAAAAAUGGAGCAGGGCCUCAAGAAAACUAUUUUGAAGCACCUAAAAAAGAACCUGUGGAAUAUUGCAAAGCACCUGGAGGUGAGCAAAGUGAUCAGCAAGGAUCCUGGUUUUCUCUGUUUAAAAAUUGCACAUUCUCUGAUAAAAAUGGCAAAUUCUCUGAUUAAAACCCCUAAAGUCUGCAUUUUUCCAUGGUUGACAUGAAGCACCACUAUAUAUAUAUAGGUAUCAGUUGAACACAAUAUUUUAUUGAUAUAUUUACAAUUUUAAAACAAUUUGGAAGCCUACCAGUGCCUCAAUCAUUAUAAUAAAAUAAAUUCUAAAUACUUAUA